AGGCACCCGGCCGGCUCACCCUGCGCCGGGCCGCCUUGCUAGCUCCGGGCUCGGCAGGCGGCCCAUGGGGUCCCGGAUCGCUGCGCCCACAGCUGGAGACCAAGGCAGGUCCUGACCUGAGGCCCGGAGGCCCGCGAGACCUUCGGUCAUUUUUAGGGGAGGAAAUGCAGGCAUAGAAGGUACUGACCCCAGAAGUGGACCGGAUCAGGAGGUUCCUGCUCGCCUGUGGUGUGACACCUUUACAGCACUUUAUGGUAGCCCUCGGACCCCUCUACACCACGGUUCCACGCAGCUCCUGAACCAUGGGAGAAAAUGAGGAUGAGAAACAGGCCCAGGCCAGCCAGGUCUUUGAGAACUUUGUGCAAGCUACCACGUGCAAAGGCACCCUCCAGGCCUUCAACAUCCUCACCUGCCUCCUGGACCUAGAUCCACUGGACCAUAGAAACUUCUACUCUCAGCUCAAGUCCAAGGUGAACACCUGGAAGGCCAAGGCCCUCUGGCACAAACUGGAUAAGCAUGGCGCCCACAAGGAGUACAAGCGAGGGAAAGCCUGCAUGAACACAAAGUGUCUCAUUGUCGGAGGAGGACCGUGUGGCUUGCGCACUGCCAUUGAACUUGCCUACCUGGGAGCCAAAGUGGUUGUAGUGGAGAAGAGAGACACCUUUUCCCGGAACAAUGUCCUGCACCUCUGGCCCUUCACCAUCCACGACCUGCGGGGCCUAGGAGCCAAGAAGUUCUAUGGGAAAUUCUGUGCCGGCUCCAUCGACCACAUCAGUAUCCGUCAACUACAGCUUAUCCUGUUCAAGGUGGCCCUGAUGCUGGGAGUGGAAAUCCAUGUGAACGUGGAAUUCGUGAGGGUUCUAGAGCCUCCUGAAGACCAAGAAAAUCAAAAAGUCGGCUGGCGGGCAGAAUUCCUCCCUGCAGACCACGCCCUGUCUGACUUUGAGUUUGACGUCAUCGUUGGUGCCGACGGCAAUAGGAACACACUGGAAGGGUUCAGGAGGAAGGAGUUCCGGGGAAAGCUAGCCAUCGCCAUCACUGCCAACUUCAUAAAUAGGAACAGCACGGCCGAGGCCAAGGUGGAGGAGAUCAGUGGCGUGGCCUUCAUCUUCAACCAGAAGUUCUUUCAGGACCUUAAAGAAGAAACAGGGAUUGAUCUCGAGAAUAUUGUCUACUACAAAGACUGUACACACUACUUUGUCAUGACAGCCAAGAAGCAGAGCCUGCUGGACAAAGGAGUCAUCAUUAAUGACUACAUUGACACAGAGAUGCUCCUGUGCACAGAGAAUGUGAACCAGGAAAAACUGCUCUCCUAUGCCCGUGAAGCCGCGGAUUUUGCCACCAAUUACCAGCUGCCAUCAUUGGACUUUGCCAUAAAUCACAAUGGGCAGCCAGAUGUGGCCAUGUUCGACUUCACCUCCAUGUAUGCCUCAGAGAACGCAGCCCUGAUGCGUGAGCGCCAGGGACACCAGCUGCUCGUGGCCCUUGUGGGUGACAGCUUGCUUGAGCCGUUUUGGCCCAUGGGCACAGGCUGUGCCCGGGGCUUCCUGGCAGCCUUUGACACGGCAUGGAUGGUGAAGAGCUGGGACCAGGGCACCUCUCCCCUGGAGGUGCUGGCUGAAAGAGAAAGUCUUUACCGACUGUUACCUCAGACAACCCCAGAGAACAUCAACAAAAAUUUUGAACAAUACACAUUGGACCCAGCAACACGGUACCCAAACCUCAACUUGCACUGCGUCAGGCCUCACCAGGUGAAGCAUUUGUACAUCACUAAAGAACUGGACCGCUUCUCUUCUGAGAGAUGGGGCUCAGUGAGGAGAUCCGUUAGCCUCUCCAGGCGGGAGUCAGACAUCCGGCCUAACAAGCUCUUAACCUGGUGCCAGCAGCAGACCGAGGGUUACCAGCGCGUCCGUGUCACCGACCUGACCACAUCCUGGCGCAGUGGUCUGGCCCUGUGUGCCAUCAUCCACCGCUUCCGGCCAGAGCUGAUCAACUUUGACUCACUGAAUGAAGAUGACGCUGUGGAGAACAAUCAGCUGGCAUUUGAUGUGGCCAAGCGCGAGUUUGGGAUCCUGCCUAUGACUACAGGCAAAGAGAUGGCGUCUACUGAGGAGCCUGACAAGCUCAGCAUGGUCAUGUACCUCUCCAAGUUCUAUGAGCUCUUCCGGGGCACUCCUCUGAGACCCAUGGAUUCCUGGCGUAAAAACUAUAGAGAAAAUACUGACUUCGACUUGGGCAAGUCACUCAUUCCUAAUAACUAUCUCAACCUCACAUUUCCCAGGAAGAGGACCCCACGGGUAGACACCCAGACCGAGGAGAGUGACAUGAACAAGAGGAGGCGUCAGGGCGUCAACAGCCUGGAAGAGCUGCCAGCUUUCUCCAGCCGUAGCUUGGGCUCCAGUCAAGAGUGUGCUAGAGAAGGCGGCAAUCAGAACAAAGUCAAGUCCAUGGCCAAUCAGCUGCUGGCCAAGUUUGAGGAGAACACACGGAACCCUGCAGCCCAGAAACAGGACUGCCACCGGGUCUCAGGCAUAGGUAAACCUGUCUUAUGCUCUGCCUCUCGCCCUCCUGCUACCCCUCACUGCCCCAAGCUGGAGGACUCCACUCCCAGGCUUCCACCUCCUCUGAAAAGGCAGUUCUCCUCCGUGGUGGCUACAGGACAGGUGCUCAGAGAACUCAAUCAAGUACCUGCUAGCGGCGAGUGCCCCAGCAGACCCUGGAGAGCCAGGGCCAAGUCAGACCUGCAACUGGGUGGGGCUGAAAAUCUCGCCACUCUGCCUCCCACCUGCCAAGGGGCACUGGCCCUGUCCGGGGUGCUGCGGCGGCUGCAGCAAGUGGAAGAAAAGGUUCUUCAGAAGAGGGCCCAGAACUUGGCUAACAGGGAAUUUCACAAAAAGAACAUUAAGGAGAAGGCAGCUCACCUGGCCUCCAUGUUUGGACACGGGGAUUUCCCACAGGAUAAACUCCUGUCUAAACGUCUGCCUCACACUCAUCCUCCAUCUCCUCCCUCUGGUCUUCCAUCUCCUGAUCCAGCUGCUCCUUCCUCUCCACCAGCUGCCGACUCUGUCUCUCCUGCCAGAAAGCUGACAGUAGGGAAAGUGUCCAGUGGAAUAGGGGCCGCGGCUGAAGUGCUGGUCAAUCUGUACUUGAAUGACCACAGACCUAAGACACAGGCCAUCUCUCCAGACCUGGAAUCCGUGCGAAAGGCAUUUCCCCUGAGCCUGGGUGGCAGCGACACCUGCUACUUCUGUAAGAAGCGCGUGUUUGUGAUGGAGCGGCUGAGUGCCGAGGGUCACUUUUUCCACCGUGAGUGCUUCCGAUGCAGCGUCUGCACCACUACCUUGCGCCUGGCUGCCUAUGCCUUUGACUGCGAUGAAGGCAAAUUUUACUGCAAGCCCCAUUUCAUUCAUUGUAAAACCAACAGCAAACAACGGAAGAGACGGGCAGAGCUGAAGCAGCCAAGAGAGGAGGAAGGGACAUGGCAGGAGCAGGAAGCCCCUCGGAGGGAUACUCCCGCGGAGAGCUCUUGCGCGGUGGCGGCCAUCAGCACGCCAGAAGGCAGCCCUCCAGGUAUCUCCACCUCCUUCUUUAGGAAGGCACUGAGCUGGCCUUUCAGGCUGACAAGAGGCCUUCUCGACCUGCCCUGGAGCCUGCUUAGGUGGAUGCAGGGACUCCUGAAUGCUGCUGGCCACCAUGUCAGGGACAAUUCUCACAACUACUGCUUCACAUUUGAGCUCCUGAGCCUGGGGCUGCUGCUCCUCUGGGCCUUCUCCGAGGUUCUGGCCGCCAUGUACAGGGAGUCUGAGGAGUCCCUGGAGAGUAUCCGCAGCUGGUUGCUCAGGUUCAUCCCGGUGAAGCUGCAGUGAGGCGCAUACUGCCCCACAGUGCCCUAACAUUUCCAAGUGGAGACUGCAAUAUUUGUAGUUUGCUCUGGCUCUGGCCAGCAUCCAGAACCAAUUAGCUCCAAGCCAAAGAGUCCCACAUCGGCUACCUCCACCUGGCUUUGACAAGGUUGAGCAUCUAUUUAUGGUGCUAGGACCAGAGACAACAUGAAGGAUUUUUUUUUUAAGAAAACAGCUUUGUAUUGUUUUGUCUUUUCAUACCAAAGCGAGCCAUUUUUCCAGGUUUACAUUUCAAUUUUUAACUUUUCAUAAGCCAAAAAAGAAAGCAAACAAGAAAACAAAAAAGAAAACAAAUCUCAACUCAUUGCCAAGUUCGAGAGUAUUGUAAAACUGGUGAUGAAAAUUAAAUAGUUGAGAUUUGUUGGAGUUGAGACUUUAGAGCCACAAAAUAGAGCCAUCCCUAGACCAGCGCUUUUUGAUUUUUGCAUACAGAUGCCACCUGUUCACAGUGGAUGCUGUGUUUGUUUGUUUGUUUUCAAAAAUGCAUAUAUGUAAAAUCAGUAAGGUUAAGAGAAAUAAGUAGGAGGUGUAGAGCAAACCAAAAUUAAAAUUAACCGAAGCACACAGCAGUGUGUCAAUGCUGUCUGUCCUCAGGGUCGGGGAGAGGUAUUUUACUUCUAUCUUUUGAAGUCAAACAGUAGCUUAAAGGCUCCCUUAUGCCCACCAAGUCACAGCCAAUAGCAUAGAACCACAGGGCUACUGCAUUGCAAACUUACAUGUUCCUCCCCACUAAUGGGUACUGCAGCAAAGCCCACAAGCACUUGGCCCCGAAUAGCUCACAGGCUGAUGUGAUGCUGAGGACAAACUUUUUCAAAUGGUGUCAUUUUCACCUCUAUCAAGUCCUCAGGCUUCAGGCUGAGCCAAAGCCACUCAGGUCCGUUGUGGUCAGGCUGUCUCCACCUGGUGUCCUUUGAACUGGGGGUACUUGCUGGCCCUGAUCAGAGAGCCUUGCUGGUGGCAUCCUGACUGCUCAGGCACAUGGCUGCCUUGUGUAUUUCACCCAUACAGUCAGAGAUCCUUCUCCUAGUGCUCCAGAAAAGAGUGUCUGGUCUUUGGAUGGCUUUGAACCCAUAAAUGUUUUCUACACUGGGUGUCUGGAAAAGCCUAAAGCUGUCCCCACCCAACUCUGUGAUGCUCAGCUUCUGUAGCAGAUUGAGCAACUGGAGGGUCGAUAAGGGCCUCCUAGGUUCUCAGGGUCUCCACAUUCACGGGGUGCAACUAUGGACUAGAAACUCAGGGUCUCUACUGUCACUGGGGACAGCUGUGGAGAGCUGCGACCACUAGCACUCCCUCCAAGAUUAAGAAGGACUUGUUAAAGACAAAGCAUCUUGAAAGCUUUGACAUAAGGUUCUGUAAGGUGGAGAAAGAGAGGUGCAUUUCCAGAGACUCUGUCCUGAAGUCCUGGGAAAGACAGGGCAUGGCUGUGAUCGAGUCUGUGGCACCUCUGACCUUGUUGGAACUAUUGCCAGUGUGAUGACGUACAUUGUAUUUGCCCUGCUUCUAGCUGGGAAUUUAAUGGUCAAGCAUGAUGAGAGAAACCCUUGGGUCCUAUUAGGUUUCAUUAUGCCACAUGAACUCUUGAAGUCAUAUUAUAGUGAUUUUCUCCAGCUCAGGGUGGGCUGAGAUGCUCUGUGGAAUGCUCUGGGAAGCCAGAGUGAACUCUCUAAAAAAAAAAAAAUGUCAUUUAUAGCCAUAAGGAAGCUGGUUUGAAUUACUCUGGUAGACAGGGUGUGUCUGUCUACCAGACUUCUGCUUGUGUUGAGACCUUGAACCUUCCUGGUGGGCAGCAGCAGGGUUGGGUCCUGGGAGACAGAUACUCCAGAAAUUCUGAAUUUGUCUCGAGGUUGAGUCUGAAGCCCCAGAGUGUAAUGGAGACAGAGGGCCUGGGAGGCGGGGCGAAGGUUCCUGGGAAUGUUUGCGGACAGGAGUGGGGAUCUGUGAAUAUGCAGACUCUGUGUGCCCACUCUUGGAAACGGAUGACUGGGCGCCAACAGGAAGGUCCGUCUCACCUCAUCUGGGGGGUGGGGGGACAGUGGUUGCCCUGUUUCCACCUCCAGUGCCUUUUCCUCUUGUGAUUUGGGAUUGUCUUACUCCCCUCGCUAAGUCCUCCUUUCUGUCUUUCUCUUUCCAACCUCACACUGUGGC